AAGUAUUAUAAAUUCCAAUUGGCCUGACUAAUUUCUAGGCUAAUUUAAUAUUUAUUAAUGCUUGAAUGACACAAACAACAGUGCCGGCUACCAAGAUUUACAAAGUUGUUUUGAAGUUUUAUCUUUUAUUUUAGCAAGCUAAGCCUAACAAUGUCUCAUUUUAAACUAAUAUCAACAACUAAAGCUUCAGACGUCAUACCAGUGAACAAGUACGUGUCUGAAAAGACCGGCUUAAAAGUAAUAAUUGCUAAUGUUGAAGGGCCUGUUGUAAAUGGCUACUUCUGUCUUGCUACCGAAGCUCACGAUGACGACGGUCUGCCGCAUACGUUAGAACAUCUGAUAUUCUUGGGAUCAGAACGAUACCCUUACAAAGGCAUCCUCGAUUUGUUAGCCAAUCGGUGUAUGGCUCAUGGGACUAAUGCUUGGACCGAUACUGAUCAUACAUGCUACACAAUUUACACUGCUGGAGAGGAGGGGAUGUUGACUUUGCUGCCCAUUUACCUCGAUCACAUUCUUAGACCUACCCUCACUGAGGAAGGGUUUACAACGGAAGUGCAUCAUAUUGAUGGUGAUGGUGAAGAUGCAGGGGUUGUGUAUUGUGAAAUGCAAGGUCGGGAGAACUCAGCAAGCAGCAGAUGUGAGCUGCAAUUAUUACGUGCCAUGUACCCUGACAGUGGAUAUUCUUCAGAAACUGGUGGUAUUAUGAAAAAUCUAAGAACAUCAACUAACAAUACAAAAGUUAGAAAUUUCCAUAAAAAAUUCUAUAGACCUGAAAAUCUCACAAUAAUACUCACUGGACAAAUAGCAGCUGAAGAUGUGUUUAAAGCAUUGUCUAUUGUAGAAGACGACAUUAUAGCAAAGAGGGAAAAAGAACCUCAAGAGGAAUGGGUGAAACCGUGGCAGACUGUGCCUCCACCACCACAUUAUGGAGAGUACACUGUACAGUGGCCGGCAGAUACUGAAGAUUGUGGUCAGGUGAUGUUCGGUUGGCGAGGGCCACUGUUAACGGAGGCGAGUGCUAUGAGAGAGUUGACGGCGUGCGCGGUUGUACUGCGCUACCUGUGUGACACCGCCGCUGCGCCGCUGCAGCGAUGUCUAGUCGAGAGAGAAGAUGCAUUAGCGGGAGAUGUGUCGUACAACUUAACAGAGAAUUUAGUACCACUAAUAAAGAUAGAACUGGACAAUGUACCGAUAAAGAAACUGGAGCUUGCUCGUGAUGAUGCCCGCAAGUGUCUGUCCAGAGUAUGUUCUGGUGAAGAGCCCAUUGACUUGGAACGGAUGAGGAGGCUGCUCAGGAAACAACUUCGGGAGAGCAUUGCCAGCCUCGAGUCAGAUCCACACCAUGCUGUUGCCUUCAGAUGUAUCGGAGAUGCUUUGUAUUCACAGAACGAACAAGAUUUUAUAUCAAGAAUGAACCCACAGCAAGUGUUAAUGGAACUUCUAGAAGAAACCUCUGACUACUGGCUCGGUAUUCUUAAGAAGUACUUCAACGAGGACCUGGUCACAAUAGUCGGCUCGCCCAGCAUCGAACUACAGAACAAAAUGUCCAAUGAAGAAAUUAAGAGAAUAGAAGAACAACGAAAGAAACUGGGAGAAAGCGGCUUGGCUAAGAAAGCGGAGCAACUGGUCGCUGCCAUGGAGUACAAUGAGCGACCGCCGCCAGAGGGCCUGCUGGCGUCAAUUCCGGUGCCAUCGUGUGACAACCUGAAGUGUCACAACAUCACCACGUGGAGCACUGACAGCGAGCCCUGCCCAUACUUUGACCUCAAGGAGGUCCCACUCUACACACGAGUACACAGUCUUAACACUAAUUUUGUUUAUAUAAACAUAAUCCUAGACACGACAAAGGUGGAAGAGAGCACUCGCAAGUGGCUGCCGCUGUUGCUGAACGGGCUGGCGGAGUGUGCAGUGCGGCGCGGGGACGUGCUGGUGCCACAUGAGGAGGUCAUCUCCACCACUGAGCAGCUGACGGUCAUGUUCAGCAAUACCAUCGGCUUCGACCGUCCCGGCAACUUCUCUGUCGGACAGUUUGGGAACUUCGUACACAUUGAAGCUAGGUGCGAGCCGGCUGACUACGUCUCAGUAGUACAACAUCUGUAUGAGGUCCUGUACGCGCCAGACCUCACCAAAGACCGUCUGCUCGUCUUCGCCCAGAGGAUGAUCAAUGACGUAGCACAGGUGCGUCGUAGUGGUAAUAAGAUGGUAUACGACAUGCUGCGUGAUGCCCUCUACUGCUCCAACAGCAACGUGCACUGGUGCUCCGUGUUACGUCAGCACCACUUCCUCAAGGAGGUGGUGGAGCGGCUUGGAGGAGGAGGUGCUGAGGGCGCUCUCGAGGACGCCAAGCGCGCCUUGGCUGCACUAGUGCGCGACCCCUGGCUGCACCUCGCCGCUGACUUUGAUAGAUACAAACUGAGUACUGAACCCUGGAAGCAAUUUGCCAGAGAGAACGAAAUAAUACCCCUCAAGCCCCGACUGUACUGGGACGCGGAGCUGAUGCGGGGUGGUGCUGGUGGAGGCUUCGUGGUGGGUGUGGGCGGCAUCGAGUCCUCGUUUGUGGCGCAGAUGAGCCCCGGCCCACUGGGACACGCACCACAAGACCUCGCGCCAUUGCUCGUCGCCCUCAACUACUUCACACAGCUGGAGGGUCCGAUGUGGCGUCUGAUCCGUGGUGGUGGUCUGUCGUACGGGUACAGCGCACGCGCAGCCUCCACUGAGGGUCGUCUCGUGUUCUCAUUGUACCGCUCUGCCAACGCACCUGCAGCAUAUGUCAAGGCCAAGACCAUAGUUGAGGAGUACCUGAAGGAGAAGAAGUUCGAUGCGGAGUUGUUCGCGUCUGCGCGCAGCACUGCGCUGUUCGAGGUGGUGGAGCAGGAGAAGUGUCCAGCUGAUGUGGUGCACCACUCGCUGCUCAACUACCUGCGCCGCGUCUCUCCUACCUACAACAGGGAACUGGUGCGCGCGAUUGCGGCUGUGGACGAAGAUAGUGCUGGUGCUGCGGCGGCGCGCUGGCUGCCCGCGCUGUUUGAUCCCGCAGCAGGUACACUGGCGCUCGUCUGCCAUCCCACCAAGGUCGGCGAUCUACAGGCCGCCUUCCAAAAGAUCAAUAUUAAUUUGGAUGCAUUCGAAUCAAUGGAGGCGUCUCAUUUUAAUAAAUAAGCGCAACAAACUGUACUUUUGUUAUUUGUAAAAUAAAGUGAAUAAAUAAUGUAAUACAAGAAAUAAUCCACACUACUGCUUGUUUGUGCCUUAUACAAAUGAAAGUGUUGGUUUUAUUUGUA